AUGGCCAGAGGUGGUGUGCACACGCACUUGGAUAUUUGCAGGCCACGCUUAAGUUCUGGUACUACAUUAAAAGGUUCUUUCACCAUCCUGAGGAUCUGCAGGGCCCCCGUUCCUGUUGCUGGGAGCUGCUCAGGAGAUGAUUUCGCCACGAGAGCCUUUUGGAAGCAAGAGGGAGCCAGUCAUGAGGACCUGAAGAGCGCCGGCGUGGCUGCAGAGCAGGGUCAAAGACCACCUGAGCCCACGGGUGUUACGCAAGAGGCUGUAAUGAAGGGGCCCCAGCCCGCAGCAUCCACCAGCCCGCCUCCCGCUGCCCUCCCCAGUGCCGGCCCUGCGGCUCAGCGGGUUGCGAAAGCCUCAGGAGUACAUAAAGCAUUCCCUGCCUGGGCACUGCCACCACCAUCAACACUAGGGCUCCCAAGAGGCUCCAGGGACCGGCACUGUCUGGACAGGAUGGCCCACACACAGAGAGCUCUGCCCUGGCUGCUGCUGCUGUCACUGGCCUUGGUGGGCAGCAGCACUGCAGAGCGGGACUGCCGAGUAAGCAGCUUCAAAGUCAAGGAGAACUUCGACAAGACCAGGUACAGUGGCACCUGGUAUGCUAUGGCAAAAAAAGAUCCUGAGGGGCUGUUUCUGCAGGACAAUGUGGUAGCCCAGUUCAGCGUAGAUGAGAAUGGACAAAUGACUGCCACUGCAAAGGGCAGAGUCAGACUCUUCAAUAACUGGGAUGUCUGUGCUGACAUGAUCGGCUCUUUCACUGACACAGAGGAUCCUGCCAAGUUCAAGAUGAAGUACUGGGGAGUCGCCUCUUUUCUGCAGAAAGGAAAUGAUGAUCACUGGGUAGUGGACACAGAUUAUGAUACAUAUGCUCUUCAUUACUCCUGCCGCCAGCUAAAUGCAGAUGGCACUUGUGCUGACAGCUACUCCUUUGUGUUCUCCCGGGACCCCAAGGGAUUGCCUCCAGAUGCACUGAAAAUUGUCAGACAAAGGCAGAUAGACCUCUGUUUGGACAGGAAAUACAGAGUUAUCGCCCAUAAUGGAUUUUGCUCUUAA